CCGCCCGCUCCCCGCCUCCCCUCCACUCGCCGCGCAGGGGCCGCCGCCGGCACCAUGAGUGAACAGAGUAUCUGUCAGGCAAGGGCUGCUGUGAUGGUUUAUGAUGAUGCCAAUAAGAAGUGGGUGCCAGCUGGUGGCUCAACUGGGUUCAGCAGAGUUCAUAUAUAUCACCAUACAGGCAACAACACCUUCAGAGUGGUGGGCAGGAAGAUUCAGGACCAUCAGGUGGUGAUAAAUUGUGCCAUUCCUAAAGGGUUGAAGUACAAUCAAGCGACACAGACCUUCCACCAGUGGCGAGAUGCUAGACAGGUGUAUGGUCUCAACUUUGGCAGCAAAGAGGAUGCCAAUGUCUUCGCAAGUGCCAUGAUGCAUGCCUUAGAAGUGUUGAAUUCACAGGAAACAGGGCCAACAUUGCCUAGGCAGAAUUCACAACUACCUUCUCAAGUUCAAAAUGGCCCAUCGCAAGAGGAAUUGGAAAUUCAAAGAAGGCAACUGCAGGAACAACAACGGCAAAAGGAGAUGGAGCGGGAAAGACUGGAGAGAGAAAGAAUGGAAAGGGAAAGAUUGGAGAGAGAGAGGUUAGAAAGAGAAAGGCUUGAGAGGGAGCGGCUAGAACAAGAGCAGCUGGAGAGAGAAAGACAAGAAAGGGACCGCCUGGAUCGCCAGGACCGCCUGGAGAGGGAGAGACAAGAACGGGAGAGGCUGGAGAGACUUGACCGGGACAGGCAAGAGAGAGAGCGACAGGAGCAGUUAGAGAGAGAACAGCUGGAAUGGGAGCAAGAACGAAGACUAUCAAGUGCUGCUCCAUCUUCCGACAGCUCCCUGUAUAAUGCUCCACUUCCUGAGUAUGCCAGUUGCCAGCCUCCUUCAGCACCUCCUCCAUCAUAUGCUAAAGUCAUCUCAGCUCCAGUGUCAGAGGCCACUCCUGAUUAUGCUGUAGUGACCGCUUUGCCACCUUCUUCCACACCCCCUACACCACCACUGCGACACUCAGCGACACGUUUUGCAACAUCUUUAGGUUCAGCCUUCCACCCUGUUCUUCCCCAUUAUGCUACAGUUCCUCGUCCUCUGAACAAAAACUCUCGACCUUCUUCUCCUGUGAACACACCCUCUUCUCAGCCUCCAGCUACGAAGCCCUGUGCCUGGUCUACUUCCAAUUUUUCGCCCCUCCCUCCAUCUCCUCCAGUAAUGAUUAGCAGCCCCCCUGGCAAAGCUACUGGUCCACGGCCUGUUCUCCCUGUUUGUGUUUCUUCUCCUGUGCCCCAAAUGCCUCCAUCACCUACAGCAUCCAAUGGGCUGCUUGACUCUGUAAUAUAUCCAGUGUCUCCGCCGCCUACCUCAGGGCCAGCAGCUCCGCCACCGCCGCCUCCACUGCCGCCCCUCGCACCACUCUCACACUGUGGAUCUCAAGCUUCUCCUCCAAGCACCCCUAUUGCCUCAACUCCCUCAUCCAAGCCUAGUGUUCUCCCUUCUCCUUCUGCAGCUGCCCCUGCCUCUGUGGAGACUCCUCUAAACUCUGUGCUGGGAGACUCCUCUGCUUCUGAGCCAGGCUUGCAGGCAGCCUCUCAGCCGGCCGAGACUCCAGCCCAACAGGGCAUUGUCUUGGGACCACCUGCACCUCCACCACCCCCUCCUCUCCCACCAGGUCCUUCCCAGGCUGCUGCAGCUAUCCCUCUUCCCCCAGGCCCUCCUCCGCCCCCUCCACUUCCAUCUGCAGGACCUCCCCCUCCCCCUCCGCUCCCUCCUCUUCCUAACCAAGCCCCCCCACCUCCUCCACCACCACCUGCUCCUCCCCUCCCUGCAUCUGGAUUUUUUAUGGGAUCCAUGUCAGAAGACAAUCGCCCUUUAACUGGACUUGCAGCUGCAAUUGCUGGAGCAAAGCUUAGGAAAGUGUCACGGAUGGAGGAUGCUUCUUUUCCAAGUGGAGGAAAUUCUAUUGGUGUGAAUUCAGCCUCUUCUAAAACAGAUUCCGGUCGUGGCAAUGGACCCCUUCCUCUAGGGGGUAGUGGUUUAAUGGAAGAAAUGAGUGCUUUACUGGCCAGGAGGAGAAGAAUUGCUGAAAAGGGAUCAACAACAGAAACAGAACAAAAAGAAGACAAAAACGAAGAUUCAGAGCCUGUGCCUUCGAAGACGUCUUCAACAAGUACACCUGAACCAACAAGAAAACCCUGGGAAAGAACGAAUACAAUGAAUGGCAGCAAGUCCCCUAUUAUUUCCAGACGGGAUUCUCCAAGGAAAAAUCAGAUUGUUUUUGACAACAGGUCCUAUGAUUCAUUACACAGACCAAAAUCUGCACCCUCCUCACAGCCCAGUGCCAACGGAGUCCAGACAGAGGGCCUAGACUAUGACAGGUUGAAGCAGGAUAUUUUAGAGGAAAUGAGAAAAGAAUUAGCAAAGCUAAAAGAAGAGCUCAUUGAUGCAAUCAGGCAGGAACUCAGCAAGUCAAAUACUGCAUAAAGAGACAAACUAAAGAGAGAUGUGACUUUAAUCUAGAGAAAAAAACAACCUACAAACAACUGUUAACAACAAAACCCUACAUUUACUGUGAGCUGUAAGAAGGAAAUGAAGAUAGUCAGAAGGAGGGAAGAUAAACAACAUAUUUUGAACGCCUUCAGACACUAUUAUAUUUCUCUGACAAUUAAGCUAUUUCCUCCCAUUUGCUGCUUUUUUCUGACCUUUACAACAGGAUGGAAGAGAGUCUUAAAAGACUGUAACUGUUAUGCAGAAAAUACUAAACCCAUGAGGCAAGAUCAUCGAGCAUUGAAAUAUUUUCAUGUCAAGAUAAAAAUCGCACAUUUCCACAAUUCCAUUGCUAAAAUAAAGAGGAGAAAGGCUGGAGAAGUUUUUUCAGAGUGCUGAUAAAAGAACUUAGCAAGCUAUGCUAUUGUAUUGUAAUCGUUUCUCAGGUUUGUCUUCCUAUCAUAUUUGAUAUUCCAUGAGUAACUGGGAUCAGCCCUAGGUAGAUUAAGAUCAUAAAAUGUGGAACAGAUGGAAUUGUAUGUGCUUUCAAAGGGCGAAAUUUAUAAGAAAGUGCCCUACAUAUGAUUUGUCCAACUUGAGGAAUUUUAGAAUGAUAGGAAGUCUCUUGAACUAGCCUUCAUGCAAUUUUGUAGAUUAAAACAUAAAUUCAUCCAGAAUAUGAAGAUUUAGAUGCCUUCCUAAAUUGUUACAAUGCUUUACCAAAUCUACGAUUCCUACAUAACACAAACCAGUGGUCAAAUGUAAAACAAUAUAUUGUAGAUUUACUGUAGGUUUUCAACCUUUUUUUAGAUUUAUGCAUGUGGACAUUUUUAUAAUGUAAUUCAACCACCACAAAAUUAGCUUUUUUAAUUGCAGGAAGUAAUGCAUGACACACUAAUAUGUAGUAGCCUUCUCAAGGCCUAAUCCCAGGGAAAAGAUUUUGUAGAUUAUAGGGGGAGUUGGGAGGAAGGGAAGGAAUAAUUUUUUAUUUAAAAUUAACUUCUGCAUUAUCUUAUUUUCCCCCCCUCAAUUACCUGCAUGAAUAAUAUGAGAAAUAUUUUGUGAUUUCAAUUGGUAAAUAUGUUAACAAAAGCAAGUACUUAAUCUUUUCAUCAUGUCUUCAGCUAUUUAUAUCUUAACCUGAGUAAUUUCAGUGAUCUGGAACAUGAUUUGGAGCUUCACACAACAUAUCUUACUGUGGAACUCAAACAUUGAUCUCUGAAUUUGGCAGUUGUUAUUCCCAGUCCCCACAGUUACACAGCGUGUUCAGGUACACGUUCCUCACAACAGCGCUGCUUUUGAAUUUUGUUAUGUUGAAAUAAAUACGAGAAGUAAUAAUGAUGGCAGCCACUAAGGUCACAGAAACCAUUGGACAAGAAAACAAUGAGGAACUCUACAGAAUUACCUUUUAAUAUAUAAAGAGACAGGUGUUGGGAAGAAGGAAUUAGAUACUCUACUUACCACUGUGUGUAUGUAUGUAUGUAUACACACGUGCAUGUAAGUAUGCAUGCAUGUGUGAUUGUCUGUAGUCUACUUGCUUUUUGGAGGAAACUCCUAAGAUUAAAAAUAGGGGAGAAAUCCUGUAUGUUGCAAUGAUAGUUUGUUUUUUUAUUUUAAUUUAGAAAAUCAAAACUUUUCCAGGCUCUCGCAUCUUGAUUUUAUGCUUGAGUUUUUAUGUGCCAUAUUUGCUUUGAAAUCUUUGAUUUUAGAAAUUUCACUAAAAUUUUGAAGAAAUGAUCCAUUUUCAUCUGCUUUCUAGGUUUGUUACUCCUUGGUUCAUAAGACAGCUUGUUAAUAGCAUAGUUUUCUAAAUACUACAGAGUCGCAGCCAUUGCCACUUCAAAGAGGUUUGAAUGAGGGAAUUUUUUUUUCCUUGUUGAAAUAAUUGCUAUUUCUCUAGAAACUUCAUUUUUAGAUUAAUCUGUGAUGAAUGAGCUAUCAUAAUUAAUUUACAGGUUUUUUUUUAAAUCAACUAUUCAUUGUCAUGCAAUAGUAGUAAAGGCAUUAAAGAUGCAACAAGCUUAUAAAGAACUAUUUUUAAAAAAGAAAUAGGAGGCAUUUUCAUCUUUAUUAUUGUACUUCGGUUAUGCAAACACUUUGAUAUAAUCAUUUAUGUUCCGUAUAAAUCUGGUCAGAAAUCACCUUUGAUUUUGUUGGUCAAGUUUUAAAUAGUUUCUAGUGGGAUAGAGUACUGAGAACAAGUGGUCCAAAGUAAAAGGCUAGGAAAGUGCUAGAUCUUAAAAAGAAACUGGUUUAUGCACUAAAUGUUUUGUGCCUUGGUCUAAUAUUAACUUGAUGUCCGUAAAAUGACAAAGAAGAACCAGUGUUGAAUCACCUAUUUCCAUCAUUUGCAUUAUUCCAGGUUGUUCACUGUUCUUUCAAAGAAGUUUGAAUUAAUAUAUAUGUUUACUGUCAUCCAUGAUAAUAUUGUCAUUGUUAGAGAUUUCAGUAAUUAAAAUGGGAAACAGAAGCUUAAUGGUUUUUUUCUUAUCAAAACUGUUCCUUGGAACCAUAAUAAUGCUGAUUUUGUGCUCUUGUACAUGGAAUGUCUUAAGCCGAGUGCAGUUUAGGGAAUCCUUUCUAAUGACAGAAAGGUACUUCUUUCCUCAACACUGUGAUCUGACCUGUGACAAAUCUGUACUAUACACUAUGUAAAUGGCUAACAAGUCUUUUGCAAACCAAUAUUGAAUGUACAAAUCUUAGUGCUGGUGCUGAAAUCUCUUCAGAAUAGUCAUCAUGAUUUCAAAGUUUGUUUUGAAAUUGCAAGCAUCAAGUGUCAAUCAAAACUGAAGAUGAAACACUAAUGAAUGUUGAAUUCUCAUGCUUUAGGUGUACUUUUUAGAUUUUUUUUUCAGUUUUCUAUUUUUACCGUACUGUUCAUUUAAACUUCCCACACGCUAACUUCAUUUGUGUGAUUGAAAAUAAAAUUGCGGUAUCUACA